AUGACCCAAAAAGUGGUGAUAAUAGGUAUUAGCGGAUCUUCUAGUUCCGGCAAAACGACGAUCGCCCGGAUAAUAAGUUUGGUCUUGCCCAAUUGCCUACUAAUUCACCAAGAUGACUUCUACAGACCAAACGAGGAAAUUCCCUAUGAUCCUAAACACAAAGCCCAAAACUGGGACUCUCCGGAUGCUAUAGAUUUUGUUAAGUUUAAGUCGGUACUGCACAAUCUUCAGAAUGAUCCUUCGUUUGUCUACAAAGUUGAUAGUUUGGAGUUGCCAGGAGAUGAUAAAUUUGGAGCAGAUCAAGAGGUUGUGAGACACUUCUCCAAACUAUUCGAAAAGUUCAGUGAUACAAAGUUUGUACUAGUGGAUGGUUUUAUGAUGUACCAUAGAGGAGAGCUAGAAGGUCUCUUUGACAUCAAAUUGAUGAUAAAGACAUCCUACUCAACAUUGAAGGAAAGAAGGGCGAGAAGGCAGGGAUAUAACACCAUUGGGGGUUUCUGGGAAGACCCUCCAGGGUAUUUUGAUCGUUUUGUAUGGCCAGGUUACUAUAAUUUCCACAAAGAUCUUUUUAAUGAACCAGAGCACUUGGUAAAAGCCAAUGGUGGAACGCUAAAUGCUUUUGCAACAGAACAACUAGGAAUCAUGGCUUUCCAAAACGAUGAUGGAGGAAGUUUCAAACAGCUGCAACAAGACGUGCUUCAGUCAUUAUAUGAUAGAUGUAUUACUUUAGGUAUAUAG